AUGCUAAUUAAGGGAGACGAUACCGGCUAUAAAGAUUUGCAGGGUAACCGGAUAAUUCGAUUAAAAUCUGGCACAAAACUCGGAAAAUCGUCUAGCGGGAUCCAGGAACUGGUUACCAACAUAAAUUAG